AAGAGAUGAAAGCCGGUGUCUGUAAGCCGGAGACCACUGACAACGCACUGCUCGGCAAACUCGCCGACUGUAAGAAGAAUUUCUAUAACAUUCCCGCCGACAAAAUGGCUGAACACGAGGCCAAAUACGCAGAUAUUAUGAAGGAUUGUGUAAAGGAUGAUGAGUUGAAAGCGUACACCAAGGUCGAUUUGACCAACAACAUCAACAAGUUCACUUUGAUGACUUGGUGUGGGGAGGACUUCAAGAAGUGUAUGCACGAGAAGUGGCAAAAGGCUAAGGAGGCUAAGACCGAGGAAAAGGCUGACCCUGAUCAAAAACAGCAUCCCACCAAGGAGCAAAAGGCUGAAUUCCAGACCUGCCUAAAGAAAGCGAUUAAAGCUUAAAAUUGAAGCUUUAAUAAUGUAUAACUGUAUUUAUAUUAUAAAAUAAAUACUUUAAAUGUAUGUAUUGCAAUGAAUAGUAUGUUCAAUAAAAUUGUUAAAGUAU